AUGAAAACACUGGAUGUUUCCCACUUAAACCAUCUGAGGACAUUAUCAGCCGAGUGUUACGAUAAUAUACGUGAAGUUCAAGGUCUUGACAAAUUGAAAUAUUUGGAAAGCUUGAGCAUUGCAGGGUGUGCUUCAGUUAAAAGGUUGGACCUUCCAAAUUCUGAAGGCAUGAAGAAAAUACAUGCUGAAGAUUGUGAAAACUUAGUGAAAAUUAAAGGUCUCGAUAGGCUGAAAUUCUUGAAAGUGUUACAUAUUUCUAAGUGUGCUUCAAUUGAAAGGCUGAAGCUUGCAAAUUCUGAGGGCAUGAAGAAAGUACACGCUGAAUAUUGCAAAAAUUUAGUUGAAAUUCAAGGCCUCAAUAAGUUGGAGUUCUUAGAAGAGCUAUACAUCUCUCAUUGUGCUUCAAUUGAAAGGCUGUACCUUCCAGAAUCCAAGGGUCUGAAGGUAUUAAAUGUUAAAACUUGUGAAAACUUAGUCGAAAUUCAAGGUAUUGAUAAAUUGGAGUUCUUGAAAAUGCUAUGUAUCUUUGGAUGCACUUCAAUUGAAAGGCUGAACCUUCCAAAAUCUGAAGGCCUGAAGAUAUUAAAUGCUAGAAAUUGUGAAAACUUGGUUGAAAUUCAAGGUUUUGAUAGGAUUGAGUUCUUGGAAGAGCUAGAUAUCUCUCAAUGCGCUUCGAUUGAAAGGCUAGACCUUUCAAAAUCCAAGGGCAUAAAGAAAUUGCAUGCUGAAUGUUGCAAAAACUUAGUUGAAAUUCAAGGCCUGGAUAUGUUGGAGUCCUUGGAAGAUUUAAAUAUCUUUCGGUGCGCUUCAAUUGAAAGGCUUGACCUUCCAAAAUCCGAGGGCAUGAAGAAACUACAUGCUGAAUAUUGUGAAAACCUGGUCGAAAUUCAAGGCCUUAGGAGGUUGGAGUUCUUGGAAGAGCUAUAUAUCUCUCAAUGCACUUCAAUUGAAAUGUUGGACCUUCCAAAAUCUAAGGGUCUAAAAAGAUUAGAUGCUGAAAAUUGCAAAAACUUAGUUGAAAUUCAAGGCCUUGAUAGAUUUGAGUUCUUAAAAAUGCUGCGUAUUUCUGGGUGCACUUCAAUUGAAAGGCUAGACCUUCCAAAAUCCAAGGGCAUGAGGACAUUAUUUGCUAAAAGUUGUGAAAAAUUAGUCGAAAUUCAAGGUCUUGAUAGGUUGGAAUUCUUGGAACUCCUAUAUAUAUCUCGUGUGCUUCAAUUGAAAGGUUGGACCUUUCGAAAUCCAAGGGCAUGA